GAAGAGGUUGAGGAGGAGGAGGAGGAGGAGGGAGCAAAGGAGGAGUUGACGGAGGAAUUGGGGGAGCAAGAGAAGGAGGAACAGGAUGAGAUGUGGGAGAAGGGAGGAGCAGCAGAAGAUGCAAAAAGAGAAGAAGUAGAAGGAGAGUUGAAGGGAAAAUUCAAUGAAGUCCUGCAGGCAAUGUCUUUGGAUGUUAAGCGUGAUCGAGGAAGACUUCGAUCAUUGCCUAAUAUCGGGACAGAAUCACACCCCCUUCAUCUUCAUUGUCUGAUGGUAAAAUUAGAUAAGGACAUUGAAUUUGAGCAAGAAGAGCUAGAUGCCUUUAUCAAAGUUGCUCCUUCCCUGCACACUCUGAAAAUCGAGAGCGGGAAGAGGCACUUCACAUGCAUUUCUUGCCCCUUACUGCAGUGCCUUGCGGUUAACGAUUGGCAAGGAGAUGUCUUUUUCCCUGUAACGAUUAUGUGUCCCAAUUUAACAAACCUUUUCCUACACACCUCUGCGCCGGGUGCAUACAUGAUUCCAGUCUUGCAGGUACACUACCCUAAGUUGAAGGUACUUCACCUCUUGCCUGGUGGGUGUCUCACUCUCACUGUGCCGUCGGGAGAYGUUUCUCUGUGUCAUUACCACGCGGGGUGCUCUUGGACAUACUAUAAUUUGUUCGCUUCAGUACCAUUAGACAAUAUUGUGUCGCUUCACCUACGGGAUUGUAUAGUCUUUGAGGGGGCCCUCUGCCAAAUUCUGGCACACCACUUGCAAAGUCUUGAAGUGUUAUCAUUGGAUAUCGAAGAGAUUUACCCUACGGACUCACCGCUCUCUAUGGAAGAGGUACAUCUGAUCCGAGAACGGCGAGAAGGAAAGGAAUGCGGCAGCGAUCAAGAUGGAACCUCAACCAACCGAUACAAAAUCAGGGGAUGUGUUUCUGACUACAGUUUCUACAACAUCGAUCACAUUGCAACCGCGCAUAAGCCUCCCUCUCCUGCUGCUCCUCCUCUCUCUUCGACUGUGUCAUCUUUCUCCUCGACCUCCCUCGCCUCACAGUCUGAGGCCAUCAUCACCGAUUCCACUUCCAGUAGGAGUAUUACAGCUCCCCAUGCUACUUCUUCAGCUCCUGCCACCACCAUCACCAAAAUUUUGGAGAACCGGUCUGCACGUUUUGCGAAGCCUUUGGGGCUUCAAAAGCURAAGUCACUCACGCUACGCUCGGGGCUCGUGCGUUUGCUUGCGAAACAUAUGGAGAGAGGCACGCCCACAUCUACCUCAUAUCCCUCUAAGAUAGCAGAGUCUCACAUUGAGCGCGCAGUGAAUGAUGUAUGGACAAACAUCUUUUACAGUUGCCCUAAUUUGGACAUGAUCGAUUUCCAACUGCAUCCACAUGAUAUUCACUGUAAAGGAUGUGAGACCGGAAACUGCAGUGAGGAGCAGCUGAGAAAGGAGGAAGAGGAGUGGGCUAGGGAAUUAGCUGCAGUUCUCAGUGCCUUUUUGAAAUCCAGCACCAAUUUGAGGAGAGUUGAGCUGGAGAUUUUUGAGAGUGGUGGCACUGUAGAUUACCACUGUAUGUUCAACGAGCUAAAGGCCAUUUUCCCUUUUGUCCACAUCCAAGUAUCAGUCAGCAUGACGACAGCCCAUGAUGAGGGUGGCAGCUCGGACUCUGACAUACCCGCAUCGAGUGGAAGCGAGGAGUAAGAAGAAGCAAUACAGGAGGAGGGUAGCAGGUUCAUGUCUUCCUUUCUCACCAUAAUUCCACAUUCUCCUUUAGAAUUACCCUUUAAACUUUCAGAGAUUGGAUUGCGAUCCACUCAGGGAUGGAGGGAAAUUCUCGGUGGGUGUGUUGUGGGGACUGGUUUGGUCAUCACCGGCUGUAUUUAGUCC